GCUAUGUAGUGGCGUUCUCGCGUUGAAUUUGUACGAGAGUUCAAUUAGGAGUACCUGUAGCAAUGAUAGUGUAGUGAAAUUAAGUGCAAUAGAAGUGUGUGUUGAGUAUAGGAAGUGGCUGUGGUGAUGCUGCGAGGGCCGUUUCGGUGAGGUUGUGGGAUAUGGGGAACAUUUUUGGCAGAAAAAAGAGGUCCCGAGUGACCGAACAGGACAAGGCCAUACUGCAACUAAAGCAGCAGCGUGACAAGUUGAAACAGUAUCAGAAGAAGAUUGGCCUCCAAUUAGAAAAAGAGAGAGAACUUGCACGACAGCUUCUCAGGGAUGGCAAAAAAGAGAAGGCUAAGUAUCUGCUCAAAAAGAAGAGGUGUCAAGAGCAGCUUCUGGAUAAAACUGAAAACCAGAUCAGCAAUCUUGAACAGAUGGUGCAAGAUAUAGAAUUCACUCAAAUUGAAAUGAAAGUCAUAGAAGGUUUGAAAGUUGGGAAUGAUUGUCUUAAGAAAAUGCAUGAGAUAAUGUCCAUUGAAGACGUAGAACGGAUAAUGGAAGAAACACAAGAUGCCAUUGAUUAUCAGAGGCAAAUAGAUGACAUGUUAGCUGGUAGCCUUACUGAUGAAGAUGAAGAUGCAAUCCUUGCAGAACUUGAUGCCAUUACUCAGGAAGAAACAACACUUCCAGAAGUUCCCACUGAACCACUACCAGAAGUUCCUGAAGCAGAGGAAGAGGAGAAGAAACCCAUCAAAACCAAGCCAAAGCAAGAAAUGGUGGCAGCUUGACCCAGUUAAUGCAAAAGAUCUCCAUUUUCUUGGACUGGAAAAUAUCAAGUGUUUUUUCUACAAGAGUGGUCAACUGAGACUUCAACUUUUUUUCCCCAUUUUACUCUUAUUGUAUUACACGAGGACUUUAACAAACCACCUUUCAGGCACCCACUGAUUUCUUUUCUCUUAACAUUUUAUACCAUGGACAUGUAUUCUUAAACGCGUACAUUUUUAUUUCUGGAGCCAGAAAUGUUACUUAAAUCAGAGGGGCAUAAUUGGUCCUAGAAAGUGAAGUUUUUGACAUCUGGUGGUCCCUGUACUGUUUUAUUUCAUUUGAACUUUUGCACUGACGCUCCAUAUUUUUAGAGCUGGAUAAGUUUUGUAAGGUCUUGUUUUGUGAUCACAUGACAUUACUGUAAUUGCUGUCAAGACGGUUUAGUGCAAGAUUGAAGAAACAAGCAAUCAGGGAAGCUUCUGAUUAAUGAAGGGUCGUCACAACCAUGUAUUGCCUACUCGUAAAACAAUGCUCAGAACAGAGGAGCCUACAGUUUGCUUCAUUUUGAUGAAAAUAAGCCCCUGUAGAAUUCCAUUUAGACAUUAAGCAUGCAUUUUAAUGUAGAUUAUCUGUCUUUACUGUCAUGUAUCAUUUUUUUGUGUACAUUUCUUUAAUUAAAUGUGUUUUUUGAAUACUGCAAAUGUCUAGUGUUAACCUAGAUCUCACUGGAUGAGGUCUAAUACUUAUACACUGUGCUCUCUGUGUUACCCCAAACCUCCCUUUCCUACUCUUUCUACACAUGCCGUAGUGUUGCACAUUAUGUACGACAUGUAUACUUUUCCACAGACCAUAAGCAGAGUGAAGUUAUGUGUAUAAGUGGUUGCUCUUCCUUUCAAAGCAUCUGCAUGGUAUCUGGCACUUUCUUGAAAGAUAAAUGUUCAAUAAAAAUGCUGGUGGGUUGACAGUGGUGAAAGAAAGCCUAUGAAAAGUUAGUAACCAUGGCUGAUCUUGUAGAAGUUGAAAUGACUAACUGUAAAAACAUAGUAUUUUGUCAAGCGGUAAACUGUGAGAUGGAGGCUUACUGGUGCUUAUUGCGUUUCAUGGCAGUGACUAAGGUUUGGGAGUUAUCCAGAGUUAUCACCCUGGGAACAGAAGACAUGCCUGAAGGACAACUGUACUGAAUUAGAAUGGGAUUUGGGUGUGCUGCGUAUUGGCUUUUAGUCCCCAGAGCACAGCAAAAAGAUUCCAGUCUCACUUUUAGCUUUUCCUGUGUGUAUUGGGGCUCAUUUGUGCUGUGUUAUAUUCCAUGCCUGGUCUUUGUACUGAAAAUCUGUCAUACAGUGGCUUACUGUGCAAUUUCCAUGCUUUGGUAGCAGGGUUAGCUGGCCCACUUUUAAGUAGUCAUAUAACACUGUGUAUUGGGCUGUUGGACAGAAGUCAUCUGGAGUUUUGUUUUUCUACUUAGUCCACAUUUUCCUUCGUAAUCUGUAUUUGCACAGUCUGAUAGCAGGUAAUUUUUUUGUCUAGUUUUGCCUCUGCCACUUUUGCAAGGAUUUUGUUGCAGGUAUCUUAAGGCCCUUUUAGCUAAAUCCCUUUUUCACUGUUUAUAGCAGUCUCUUACCUGUGAGAAACAUAUAGGUCUGUGCUGUACAUCCCACAGUCCUUCCUUCAACUGUGUGCAAGUUAAAAUCUUAUAGCAUAUUCUCAUUGGACUUUUUUAUUGCCUUGUCUGUGUUAUUUCUGUCCUUUAUGGCUAUAACCUUACAGACUAGAAGCGGAGCUUGAGGUGACGUUUCUCCCAAAGGGCAAAUGUGGUAACUCUUGUUUUGCAGCAGCAUUUCCUUGCUCAUCCCAGUUGUCCUAAUUACUAUUUUUAUAGCACUGUGCUACCCUGAGAACAGAAUUGUAAAAUAAAUCAGAGUACUCCUCAGUACGUUUUGAGCAUUUUGCAUUUUUUUGUGUAAGAUUUUCUUUUCUGUGUUAAAGAUCGCACACUUAAGUAGCAACUUGUAAACUGCAAUGCCUUUCACUCAGUGUGCAUCCUUCUUUAACAGUUUUUAUUUUUUCCUAAAACAGAAAUAUUAGAUCAAGGAAUAAUCUCUCUGCAUUUUGUUUUAUUAGAUGUAUAUUGUAAACUGAAAUAAGUAAGCUGUAACAACUUGGGGCAUGCAAGAUCUGUUUACCAUACAACCUAGUAUUUAUUAGUACAGUUAAGCACUGGCAAUUUUUUUGUGCAUUUAUUUUUUGGGGAACCCUUAUUUUAGGCUUGAUGAAAAUAUUUUAAAUGCACCCUUUAGUAGCCAGUCAUAUUGUUUGGUUUUCUGAACCAUUUUUUGAGAAAUACCUAGCAUUUUAAAGUCCAUAAUUUUAACUUUGAUACAGUAAGGUAUCUUUUUUUAAUUGCCUUAUGUACUCUUCUUUGUGAAGUCACUACCCUCCUGUUCUGUGUUUUAGUUUGUCACCUUUUAGUUAGAGUAUUAGGUUAAGUGAACAGAUGUUGAAUACUGUGCAGCAGUACAGUUUACAUAUGAUAUAAAAUCCUGCUCACUUAAUUAUGUUCCCAUUUUUCCCCAAACAAUUAUCCAAAUGUGUAAAUUCUGAAAUAAUUCAAUAAAAUGGUUUUAAUUUUU